GCAUCUUCACAACAACAGAAUAAAGGAGAUGGGAGACAACUGUUUUGCUGGACUGGUGAACCUGGAGACGCUAGAUCUUAACUUCAACAACCUGAUGGAGUUUCCUAAAGCAAUCCAGGCUUUGCCCAAACUGAAGGAACUAGGCUUUCACAGCAAUAAUAUCGCUUCCAUACCUGAAGGGGCCUUUCAUAACAACCCUCUGCUGCGAACCAUACAUUUUUAUGACAACCCCUUGUCAUUCGUGGGAGCCUCCGCUUUCCAGAACCUGUCAGACCUGCACUCCCUGAUGUUGCGUGGAGCCAGUUUGAUGGAGGAAUUCCCCGUCCUUUCAUCGACUAACAAUCUCGAGAGUUUGACGCUCUCAGGAACCAAAAUAUCAUCCAUACCCAGCGAUCUGUGUGAGGAGCUGAAGUUGCUCCGGACGCUUGACCUGUCUUACAACCACAUCGGACAGUUGCCGUCCUUCCAGGGCUGCAGCCUGCUGCAGGAGAUGAACGUUCAGCACAAUCACAUUCAACACAUCGACGGGGACACUUUCCAAAGUCUCUCUGCUCUCCGGUUGCUAGACCUGAGCAGAAAUGAAAUCCGAGUUAUCCACAAAGAUGCCUUCCUCAGCCUCUCUGCUCUCACCAACCUAGAUCUCAGCAUGAACUCCCUGUCUGGGAUUCCAACAGCUGGACUGAGCUCCAUCAAUCAGCUGAAACUUUCAGGGAACCCACAGAUGAAAAAUGUGAUUCCUGCAAAAAGCCUCCCGAAGCUCAGGUCCAUCUCUGUCCCGUACGCCUACCAGUGCUGCGCGUUUGUUGGCUGCGAGUCCAGGUCGUCUGAGGACGCUCACAUGAAGAAAUAUUCAGGUGGAGAGGAGACCGAACGAGUCUCCAUGGUUUUGCAUUGCUCUCCUUCACCAGGAGCCUUUAAGCCCUGUGAGCACCUCCUGGGAAACUGGAUGAUUCGCCUGACGGUGUGGUUUAUCUGCCUGGUGUCGCUGGUCUUUAACAGCCUGGUGCUGGUGGCCACCUUCUCCUCCGUUCACCGAGCCGCGGGCCGUUGGCUCUACCUGACUCCGUCUCUGUCUCCAGCCAGGCUGCUGAUGGGGCUGCUGGCCGGGGCCAACCUCCUCACAGGCCUGUACGUCGGGGUGCUGACGGCGCUCGACGCUGCUACGUGGGGAUCUUUUGCCGAGUUUGGGGUGUGGUGGGAGACGGGCCCAGGCUGUCGGAUCACUGGAGCUCUUGCUGUGUUUUCGUCCGAGUGGUCCGUGUUGCUGCUGGCGCUGGCAGCUGUGGAGCGAAGCGUUGCCGUACGGAUGAUUUUGGGAAAAGCUGUGAUUUCACCCAGGAGGAAUGGCAGCACCGUUCGCAGAUGUUUGACAGGAAAUGGACGCAUGGGUCUGGCUGCAGGACUCCUGGGGCUGCUGGCUGCUGCCGGGGCCUGCCUGCCUCUCCUGACCUUCAGCGAUCAGUCCUCGUCUCCUCUCUGCUUGCCGUUUGCUCGUGGUGAGAGUCCAGCUCUGAGUAUUACAGUCAUUCUUGUGCUGCUCAACGCCCUGGCUUAUCUGUUCACUGCUGCCGUGUACACCCAGCUGUACUGCCACCUCGGCCGGGUGGAGCUGGCAGACCCGGGGCAGACGGGAGCCCUGCGUCACGUGGCCUGGCUCAUCUUCACCAACUGCAUCUUCUUCUGUCCCGUGGCGGCUUUCUCCUUCGCCCCUCUCCUGACCGGCUCUGCAGCCGGUGGCCCAGAAAUCGCCAAGUCCGUCACUCUUAUUUUCUUCCCGCUGCCCGCGUGCCUGAACCCAGUGCUGUACGUGUUUUUCAGCCCGGCCUUCAGGGAGGACUGGCUGAGGCUGCGCGGCCGCGGAGGUCUGAGCAGAGAGAUGAAGACUGGAGCGGAAAGUCCCUGCGAUGACGGCGCUGGAGGUUCGGAGCUCACAGACGAAGGCUCCUCCACCUACCUGACCUUUGACUGUGGUGCAUAUUCACAGCUUUGUGGAGAGACGGUGUGUGAGCGGUGCGAGGCAGCGCUACAUGCCCAGACCCGCUCUUCCCCCUCAGCCUUCACAGGCUGCAGACAUUUGGUGAAGUCCCACAGCUGUCCCACCCUGCUCGCAGGCGCUGCAGCGUGCCAGCGCACUGAGGGGUUUUGGGCAGACAGCGGCACGCCCUCCGCUCAGUCCGAAUACGCCGACGAGGGGGACUCGUUUGUGUCCGACAGCUCGGACCAGGUUCAGGCGUGCGGCAGGGCCUGCUUCUGCCAGAGCAGAGGACUUCCUCUGGUACACUACUCACACAACUUACCUCAAGUCAAGGACUAA